AUGGAUAGCUCAGUCAAGCUCCUUACGCUUAAUUGCUGGGGCCUUAAAUAUCUCUCGAAAUUCCGAGAAGAGCGCCUACAAGCGAUCGGAAAUCAAAUAUCCGAGGCUCAGCAUGAUAUUGUUGCGCUUCAAGAAGUCUGGGUGGAGAAGGACUGGCAAUACAUCAGUACGGUAUGCGAACGUGCUUACCCAUAUAGGAGAAGGUUCCGGGCUGGAGUGAUUGCAGGUCCAGGAUUAUGCAUCCUACUGAAAUAUCCAAUCGAGAGUACCUUUCUUUAUCGGUUUCCUAUUAACGGAAGGCCCAGCGCUUUCUUCAGGGGAGACUGGUAUGUUGGCAAGAGCAUUGCUGUUACCAUAAUAGACACGGGUUUGCCUAAUGCCAGCAAAUUGGCUGUUCUUAACAGCCACAUGCAUGCUCCAUACUCUCUAACAGGAGAUGCAGCCUACUUGACCCAUCGGACAUGUCAAGCUUGGGAUAUGGCCAAGUUCCACUCUUUACUCAGACAGGGUGGUUACGCAGUAAUACAAGUUGGAGAUUUGAAUUCGGAGCCCGAAUCUCUACCAUAUCGUAUCUUCACACAAGAGGGUGGCCUUGUAGAUUCUUGGGAUGCCCUUUACGGAAGCAAUAUGACGACAAAUGAGUUGAUCGCCCUAAUGCCACCUCUUGAGCAAAUUGAGAUCGGUGGUAUCACCUGUGAUUCGCAACACAACACCUGGAGAGCCAAUCGUGAACUUCACGAAGCAAAGCGGCUUGAUUUUGCUUUGUUUGAUCAAGCCAAAUUGCAACCAGUACAAGCGAAGGUUGUGUUUACUGAGAUGCUUCCGGCACCAUAUUCAUGCUCCUACUCCGAUCAUUUCGGAUAUUCCGUGGAAUUCAAAUUUAACACUAUAGAGAAGGAAGCCGAACGUCCGCCAGCUCCUAUUGAUCUAUAUGCUGACAUUAUCCAAGAAUUGGAUACAUAUCAGGCUACCACGAUUCCGUUCCAGUUCACAUGGAGAGCGUUGUACUUCUUUAUUUCCUUGGCGUUAGUGGUUGGUAUCCAGGUAGGAAUCGGCUUCACCACGGGCCAGCCCGCCUGGAUAAGUGUGGUCUGCUCUAUAGUUGGGCUCUUAUUGGCUAUCAGCGGUACCAUCAAUGGUUUGAUGUGUAUCAUCAGUAUUCCUAGCGAAAAGAGCGGCCUUGACGAAGUCAAAUUAGAAGUUCUUGAUGCUCUUCAGGCUAAGCGUGCCUCCAAGAAUAAAUGGAACCAUACCGAAUAA